CUGUCCAUUUUUAACUUUUUUUCUCCGUCAAGUCUAUUCCUACUUGUUACUUUAAGUGGUAAAAGAAUUUCAUUUCCAGCAACAUUCAUAUGCGACCUUAUUGCACAUCUACCACCUUGGGUACGUUUCGUUGUCUCCUGCAAUGCUGAUACAUCGUUAAUUUUUGAUGAAAUAAUGACGAGGAGAAUACGUUUGGACGAUAUUGCAUUAGACGAAAGAGUUGUUAGAGAUAGUCGAAUGCUUAUAGAGUAUCGCCUCUCGAUGGUUCCAGAGCUUGACAACCACUUACUGUCAAAUGCUCGUCGAUCGAUAAUCGAUCCAUUUGGAGACUUGAUUGAUCGCAUAGUAUUCGCAGCAAAUGGCAAUUUACUGUAUAUUCGUUUACUAAUCCGGUAA